AUGGGGUCCGUCACGACCCCAGAUAGCCACGCAAGCGCAGCUUUCCACGUGAAGAGGAUUGCGAUCAUCGGCGCCGGACCCAGCGGCCUCGCCGUAGCCAAGUAUCUGCUGGCGCAGGGAGACGCAUUCGAGCGCGUCGAUAUCUACGAGCAGCAGGCCGAGGUGGGCGGUGUCUGGAACUACAGCGCAAAGCCGGCGUCGGCAGGUCGGCUACGGGUGCCGCAGACAGAUGCCGUUCAUGCGCCGGCCGAAACAUCAGUUUUGCCUGAACCAGAAUCCGCGCCCGAGGAUGACUACGAGUUCGACUCGGAUGAAGAGGGCUGUUCGGUGCCGGGGUCGGGCCAGUGCUCCAGGCCGCAGGAGGUGACGAAGGGGAGUCAGAAGCAGCCACCACUGUUCCCGUCGCCUAUGUACGACCACCUGCAUACGAACAUCCCGCAUACAUUGAUGCAGUAUUCCGAUCUAGAGUUUCCCAACGACCGCGAGAUCUUUCCUUCGCGGCAAGUUGUGCAGGACUAUCUGGUGCGGUACUCGCAAGAUGUGCGGUAUCUGAUUAAGUUCUCGACACAGGUAGUGGAAGUCUCACUGCGCAACGAUCAAAGCCAGCAUCCGAUACAAGACCAGUGGGAUGUCCAUACCAAAGACCUCCUCACCAACUCCACCAGCAACUCAACCUACGACGCCGUUGUCGUGGCAUCGGGACACUACUCCACCGCCUACAUUCCCGGCCCCAACCCCAACCCCGGCCACCCCUCCAUGGCCGGCAUUGAAGCCUUCAACGCAGCCCACCCCGGCGUGAUCACGCACUCGAAGCUCUACCGCAGCCCGUCCGUCUUCCGCAACAAGAAGGUCGUGGUAGUCGGCACCGGUGCUUCAGGCCUGGAUAUCGCAGCACAGAUCAAGACCGUCUGCAAGCCACCCAUCCUCGUCUCGGCGCGGUCGCGCGCCGCGCCCGAGACGCUGGCGCACCUGGGGCCCGGCGUCGAGGAGGUGGGCGAGAUAUCGCAGUUCCGAGUGCAAGACAGGGGCGUCGAGUUUCGCGCCCUCGGCGCCGACGACGGUGGUGAACCACGCCUUGAACGAGACGUCGACGCCGUGCUCUUCUGCACGGGAUACCUCUACACAUUCCCCUUCCUGCCGUCUCUCUCCCUCUCCCUCGCCUCGGUCGAGGCGGACCCGCCCCUAAUCACCGACGGGCGUCGCGUCCACGGCCUCGCGCGGCAUCUGCUGCACAUUGUGCACCCGACGCUUGCGUUUCCCGGCCUGCCGAUGAAGGUCAUACCGUUCCCGCUCGCCGAGGCGCAGGGCGCGGUGCUGGCGCGCCUGUGGUCGAACGCCCUGCCGCUGCCGGCGCGGGACGAGCUGCGGGACUGGGAGCGGAGGGAUGGCGAGAGGGGCGAGGAGGGGAAGGGGUUCCAUGUUUUUCCGAAGGGCGGCGAUGCGCGGUAUAUCAAUGAGAUGCACGAGUGGGCUAUGCAGUCGAACAUGGGCGCGGGAGGAAUGGAGGGUAAGGGUAAGGAGCCGCUGUUUUGGGGCGAUGAGGAAUUGUGGCAGCGUAGUAUCUAUGCGCAGGCGAAGAUGCAGUUUGAGAAGACGGGGAGGAGGGCGAAGACGCUGGAGGAGUUGGGUUUCCGUUACGAUGCACCUGGAGAUUUGAAGGUUAAGGGUCCCAUUUGGAUGUAG